UUUUUCCCUUUAUAGCACCAUUGAAUCCCAGUCCUAACAGAAGUACUGCGAAUCUUGUGGCCUCAUUUUGAACAAAAGGGAUUAGAGAAGAAAAAUCUCUUGAUAUAAGGCUUGAAAGCAAGGGCAGGCAAUCUUGGUUGUGAAUAUUUUCUGAUUUUUCCAGAAAUCAAGCAGAAGAUUGAGCUGCUGAUGUCAGUUAACUCUGAGAAGUCGUCCUCAUCAGAAAGGCCGGAGCCUCAGCAGAAAGCUCCCUUAGUUCCUCCACCGCCACCUCCACCACCGCCGCCACCUCUGCCAGACCCAGCACCCCCAGAGCCAGAGGAGGAGAUCCUGGGUUCAGACGAUGAGGAGCAGGAGGACCCCGCGGACUACUGCAAAGGUGGCUACCAUCCAGUGAAAAUUGGAGACCUCUUCAAUGGCCGGUAUCAUGUUAUUAGGAAGCUAGGAUGGGGACACUUCUCUACUGUUUGGCUGUGCUGGGAUAUGCAGGGGAAAAGAUUUGUUGCAAUGAAAGUUGUAAAAAGUGCCCAGCAUUAUACGGAGACAGCCUUGGAUGAAAUAAAAUUGCUUAAAUGUGUUAGAGAAAGUGAUCCCAGUGACCCAAAUAAAGACAUGGUAGUGCAGCUAAUCGAUGACUUCAAGAUUUCAGGCAUGAAUGGAAUACAUGUCUGCAUGGUCUUUGAAGUGCUUGGCCACCAUCUCCUCAAGUGGAUCAUCAAGUCGAACUAUCAAGGCCUUCCAGUUCGUUGUGUGAAGAGUAUCAUUCGACAGGUCCUACAGGGGUUAGAUUAUCUACACAGUAAGUGCAAGAUCAUUCAUACUGACAUAAAGCCCGAAAACAUCUUAAUGUGUGUGGAUGAUGCAUAUGUGAGAAGAAUGGCGGCUGAGGCCACUGAGUGGCAGAAGGCAGGUGCUCCUCCUCCUUCAGGGUCUGCAGUGAGUACGGCUCCACAGCAAAAACCUAUAGGAAAAAUUUCUAAAAACAAAAAGAAAAAACUAAAAAAGAAGCAGAAAAGGCAGGCUGAGUUAUUGGAAAAGCGCCUGCAGGAAAUAGAAGAAUUGGAGCGAGAAGCAGAAAGGAAAAUCAUAGAAGAAAACGUCACAUCAACUGUACCUUCCAAUGAACAAGAUGAUGACUACUGCCCAGAGGUGAAACUAAAAACAGGAUUAGAGGAGGCGGCUGAGGAAGAGACUGCACAUGACAAUGGUGAAGCUGAGGACCAGGAAGAGAAAGAAGACACCGAGAAAGAGAACACUGAGAAAGAUGAAGACGAUGUUGAACAAGAACUUGUGAACAUAGACCCUACGUGGAUAGAAUCACCCAAAACCAAUGGCCAUAUUGAGAAUGGCCCAUUCCUCCUGGAACCGCAGCUGGAUGAUGAAGAUGAUGAUGAUGAAGAUUGCCCAAAUCCAGAGGAAUAUAACCUUGAUGAGCCAAAUGCAGAAAGUGAUUACACAUAUAGCAGCUCCUAUGAACAAUUCAAUGGUGAAUUGCCAAAUGGACGACAUAAAAUUCCUGAGUCACAGUUUCCAGAGUUUUCCACAUCAUUGUUCUCUGGGCCCUUAGAACCUGUGGCUUGUGGCUCUGCACUUUCCGGGGGAUCCCCACUUACCGAGCAUGAGGGGAGCAGUCCAUCCCAUGACAGAAGCAGAACGGUUUCAGCCUCCAGCACUGGGGAUUUGCCAAAAACAAAAACCCGGGCGGCUGACUUGUUGGUGAAUCCCCUGGAUCCACGGAACGCUGAUAAAAUUAGAGUUAAAAUUGCUGACCUGGGAAAUGCUUGUUGGGUGCAUAAACACUUCACAGAAGACAUCCAGACACGUCAGUAUAGAUCCAUAGAGGUUUUAAUAGGAGCAGGUUACAGCACACCUGCUGACAUUUGGAGUACGGCAUGUAUGGCAUUUGAGCUGGCAACAGGAGAUUAUUUGUUUGAACCACAUUCUGGGGAGGACUAUUCCAGAGAUGAAGACCACAUAGCCCACAUCAUAGAGCUGCUAGGCAGUAUCCCAAGGCACUUUGCUCUAUCUGGAAAAUAUUCUCGGGAAUUCUUCAAUCGCAGAGAUCACAUAGCAUUGAUCAUUGAACUGCUGGGGAAAGUUCCUCGAAAAUACGCUAUGUUGGGAAAAUAUUCCAAGGAGUUUUUCACCAGAAAAGGAGAACUGCGGCACAUCACCAAGCUGAAGCCCUGGAGCCUCUUUGAUGUACUUGUGGAAAAGUAUGGGUGGCCCCAUGAAGAUGCUGCACAGUUUACAGAUUUCCUGAUCCCGAUGUUAGAAAUGGUUCCAGAAAAGCGAGCCUCAGCUGGCGAAUGCCUUCGGCAUCCUUGGUUGAAUUCUUAGCAGAUUCUACAAAUAUAGCAUUCUGAGCUAGCAAAUGUUUUCCAGUACAUUGGACCUAAACGGUGACUCUCAUUCUUUAACAGGAUUACAAGUGAGCUGGCUUCAUCCUCAGACCUUUAUUUUGCUUUGAGGUACUGUCGAUUGACAUUUUGCUUUUGUGCACUGUGAUCCUGGGGAAGGGUAGUCUUUGUUUUCAGCUUAGUAGUUACUGACCCACUCUCUUCUGGAAACAAUAACAUGUCUCUAAGCAUUGUUUCUUGUGUGACAUUCAAAUGUCAGGUUUUUUUGAACGAAAAAUACUUUUCCCCUUGUGUUUUGGCAGGUUUUGUAACUAUUUAUGAAGAAAUAUUUUAGCCGAGUACUAUAUAAUUUACAAUCUUAAGAAAUUAUCAAGUUGGAACCAAGUAAUAGCAAGGAAAUGUACAAGUUUAUCUUAUGGCAAAGGGACAUCAUUCCUGUAUUAUAGUGUAUGUAAAUGUACCCUGUAAAUGUUAAUUUCCAUUAAAUAUGGGAUGGGGACUCCAAAUUCAGAAAAGCUACCAAGUCCUGAGUGCUUUGUAGCCUGAGUUGCAUGUAGCCGACUUUGCUCCAGGAAGUUGUGCAAACUUUUCAUUCCAUAAUAAUCCUUUUUCAUUGGAUUUUAAACAAAGUGGCUCUGGGUUAUAUCAUUCCCUAUAUGGCACUUUAAAGAAAAAUACAUGGUUCUCAUUCUAGAGUAUGUAUUAUAGUUUAGCACUCCCCUUCCUAUUUUUGCAUAUUUUAAAAACACUUUUAAAGAAAAACAGCAAUUUCUCUUUAAAAAUGCGAUGGCCCGGUACCAUGUGGUGUUGCCUCCUCCAAGCACUGUAAGUUAAAACUCUACAUAGAUUAAACUGGACAAGAGAAACAUGUUCAGCGUGUGGAAUGAAAAUAUAUAUUUUUUUGGAAAAUCUUGUUCGUGUUUGUCUAGAACCAAGGCGUGGCAUAUACAGUGUGCAGUGCAUUGGGCAGAAUACUACUAACGUCUCAGAGGUAACAGUGAUUGCGUUCAUUCCAUAGGCAGUUUUAUGUGUGGCUACAACUAAUUUUACUAGUUUUUUGAUUGUCUUUCCAUGCAUUGAAGUUGAGAAAAUGAUUUUCCCUUUGUAGGUUGCACAUAAUUUUGUUUAUGCAUUUCCUUAAAAUUGUAGAAACCAGGACACAAACCAUAGUAGGCAAUACAAUUUUAGAAUGUAAUAUACAGAGGUAUAUUUAGCCUCUUCUAGAAGUCAGUGGAUUGAAUGCCAGUUUUUUUUUUUUUAAUUUUACAUUCAUUAAGGUGCCUCUUUUUUCUUGACCUUGUCCAUUAACAUUUAUCCAUAUGCCUUUGCAAUAACUAGAUUGUGAAAAGAUAACAAGUGUUGUAACAAUAAUCCAUUGUUUGAGGUGCUUGCAGUUGUCUUAAAAAUUAAAGUGUUCUUGGUUUUUUUUCCAGACAUUGCCUUGGUCAUUGGCCUAUGUUUGAAGCGAUAGAAUUAACAAACAUUCGCUAUCCUUUUAGUGUAGUAACCCAAUUAAAGGAAAUAUCAACAUUUCUGUUUCAGGAAAUGUAGUUCUAUAACAUAAAUUAAGGCUUAUCAUAAGGAAAUCAUUCAUUGUUUUGUGAGGGUAUAGAAUACAGAUUUAGAAAAGAUUCUGUAGUGUAAAAUUAAUACCUAGAAUUUCAAAGAUCCUUUUCAUUCAUGUUUCAUCAAAAACAUAUUAAUUACAUUUUGUUUGAGCAUUGUAAACUUUUUUUUAUAACUGUUUACUGUGAGGGAACAAGACACAUAAUCCUCUUAAGAGUUAGCAUUAUAUCACAUAUCACUGUGAGGUUGAACAUACCAUUCAUUUAUGAAAUGUGCUUCUACGUUUUUUAAUGAGGCUAUAGGUUACAUUAAGUUCAAUGACAGAUGGUGGCUGUAGACCAGUGAUGGUAUCCACCAUUUCCAUAGGAACCAUUCUACAAGAACCACAGAGUACAUUUAUGUGUUCUCUAAGAAUUUUUAUCAAGGCUAUAGCUCACUGUAAUGAAAAUUUGUCUAAUGCAGUUUUGGCUGUUGGGAAGUAAACAAGAUUUUUGUUAAUGGUCUGUCCAUUAUGAUAAAAUAACAAAUAGUUUACAGUGUAAAAAUCAAUUGUUCUAGAAGGAAUAUACAUUUGUAUUUAAUAUGGUUUUCACCCGGUUCUUGGUAGCUUUACGAUAAUGCAUAUAAGCUAAGUGAGAACCACGUUAUGCAAAACACUGUAGCCAGCUCAGUGAUUUUGGUUGAAUGCUCUAUCUUUUCCUUUCUCUAGUCGCAUGUGAAGUCUUCAUGGAAAAUGACAAGCAAUGGAUCACUUAUGUGAUUAUAGCAAAUUCAGAAGCUGGCUGUCUGGAAAUUAGAACUGCCCAAAGGCAGAGAAAAAAUGGAUAUAGGAGCUUCAAAAAAGCAUACUUUUUUAGGUGAAAACUGAUUUAUUAACUUCUUCCUAUAACUGGAUCAUACAUAACUAGUUAACAGAAAAAAAAAAACCUGUUUUUACUGGGGGUAGAGAACUUCAGUUUGUAUCUACAAGUUGAAAUUCUUAAAUUCCACUUUUUUCUUCCAUUAAUUUUUAAUUUUAUGAAAUUUUGGCAGAGGAAGUAUUUGAGAGUGUAUGUAUCCUUCAUUAAGGAGACAAAGAAUUAUAUAAGAUUCUUCAGUUUAUAGAAAAGCUUCUGUAUACAUUAUUUAUGUAGUGGGCAAAUUUAAAACUGAGGAAUUAAAAAUCCUUUAAAGAGAUGAAUAUUGCUGUUUCACUAUGCGAGUUAACUUUUUCUUUUUGAAACUAUCAGGGGAUGGAUGAUGUAAAGACAUCAUCUUAGACAAGUGUUUCUUUAGCGAAUACCAUAAAUAGAAUUUUGUUUGAUAAAGGAUGGUAAAGUUGACCUAAGUUCUUUUAAAACGUGAAGCUGAUUAGGAUUCCUAAAUGCAGCUGUAUUAAUGUAUUAUCAAUAGUUAAUUUUUAAAAGGAAAUAGAAAUUAAAAGUGAAAAACAUGAGUUACAA